AUGAAGCGCAAGAAACUAAUCCUCCACAUCUCCUCACUCGUGCAGGAGAGUAACUACGGCUUCGACCCCCUGAGCCUUGGCGUGAACAAGAAGGCGCUGGACUGGUUCCGCAAUGCUGAGCUCAACAACGGGCGCUGGGCCAUGCUGGGCGUGGCGGGCAUCCUCAUCCCUGGCCUGCUGACCAAGAUUGGCAUCCUCAACGUGCCAGAGUGGUACGAUGCUGGUCUCGUCUCGCAGCAGAACUCCUCCAUCCCCUUCAAGCCCCUGCUCCUCAUCGAGCUCUUUGCCUUCAACUUUGUGGAGCUGAAGCGCCUGAAGGACAUCCAGAAGCCUGGGAGCCAGGGGGAGCCAGGCUCUUUCCUGGGAUUCGAGAGUCAGUUCAAGGGGACUGGCGUAUCUGGGUACCCCGGCCACAUCUUCGACCCCCUGGGCUUCUCCAACACCUCGGAGGCGAACCUCAAUGAGCUCAAGCUCAAGGAGAUCAAGAAUGGCCGUCUGGCAAUGCUGGCCUUCCUGGGCUUUGUCGCCCAGGCCAAGGCCACCGGCAAGGGCCCCAUCACCAACCUGUUUGAGCACAUUGGCGACCCAUGGCACAACAACUUCACGACCAACGGCGCAUCGCUGCCCAUCGACGUCUUCGCAUAG